UAGUCUGUCUGUCUGUACAAUAAGUACGUACAGCGGCUGCUUACCUACUUUUGGUCUGCUAAUGCUUUAUUUUGUCUAGUGCUAGUGCUGCAGGUAACUUAUGUCCUAAACAACAUGGAUCAUUCUCUCUAACUUCAGUCAAGCUGAGUUGCUGAAUUGAAAUCUUUAGUUGGGUUUUUAAAGCAGGGGAUGGCUAAUCAAUGGACCUAUCACAUAGAUGACUCCGUUAGUGCAGAUCCUAGCAAAUCCAGCAUGCUUCCAUGGAUGAGUAGCUCUAUGUCAUGGACUAUGGAAAACCCUCCUCAACUUGUCAGGUUUGGCGAACCACGCCUCCCCGAAAUGUCUUUCCUCCAUCAGAAAUCUCAGGAAAUCCCAAGGCCAAGGACAUUCUGCGUUAAAAGAAAAUAUAAUUUUGAUUUUUGUCCUAAUCCUGCAAAAAUGCAUAUCACUGAAGAAAAAAUGGCUGCUCAGUUGAAAAAUAUGCAUAUAAGCAAUAAUUAUGUCGGUGAAAAGAGCUUUGCAGAUGGAUUAGAAAACAGUGAUUGUGCUCUGCCCACUCUGGUGCUAAGUAAGGAAGUGCAAAGUCUGACUCAAUCACUUCAGCAACCUCUGUUACCCGAAUCUCUGUUUCCAAAGCGGGAUCCACCAACGAAAGCAUUGGUCCUGUGGAAGCCACCUGUGGGCAACAUCCCAUCUCAAAUCAUGUCUAGCAUUCGCAGUAGUGAUGAAGACAAUGAGGUGGACAACAUGAAUAACAACUCCUCAACACCUGAUCUCAACACCAUGAUCACACCAGAGUUUUCCAGUUCAAAUACAGAAAUGGAACUAUAGAUCGCCGGGCAUAUGACAACUAAUAGUAUUUUUGCUAAGUAAGAAUUAGAUUUUUUUACUUAAGUUAUUUCAUAUCAAGUACCGGUAAUGUCGCUUCUGGUAAUGUUAUAUUAGUUGUAACAUAAGCAAAUGUUGGGCUCCUAUCAAGGGAAAAAUAUAGGGUUUAAAUUUAACCUAUCGCAAUUAUAUCUAUACCAACCAGGUGCAUAGCUGGGAUUACAUUUGUUUUUAUAGUAAAAAUGCCUAUACAGGGUGAAUUUUAAAUGAGUUCCCCUCCUACUUUUUUCUACAUUUCUUAAGAUAUCAUCUCCGGACCAUGCCAGAUCAUUGUUGAGUAGUAAGUACUUCAUUUUGACUGGGUAUACAUUUUUGGCCGCCAUCUUGGAUCCGCCAUAUUGGAUACAGUAGACUCUCGCUCAUCCGGAUCGGCCUUGUCCGGACUCCCGGUAGUCCGGAUCGGCAAUCGUGAUUUUUUUUAGUGGCUCAGUACAGUAGACUACCUCGAAUAAUGAAAAAACUCGGUAUGAAUUAUUACCGGUGGAAGUGCAUAUGCCUGGGCUAUCAUUACUGUGGACCUGGAACAAAAUUCGGCCGAAAAAAUUAUUACUGGUGGAAGUGCAUAUGCCCGGACUACAAUUACUGUGGACCUGGAACAAAAUUCAGCCGAAAAAAUUAUUACCGGUGGAAGUGCAUAUGCCCGGGCUAUAAUUACUGUGGACCUGGAACAAAAUUCGGCCGAAAAAAUUAUUACCGGUGGAAGUGCAUACGCCCGGACUACAAUUACUGUGGACCUGGAACAAAUUUCGGCCAAAAUAUUAUUACCGGUGGAAGUGCAUAUGCCCGGGCUAUAAUUACUGUGGACCUGGAACAAAAUUCGGCCGAAAAAAUUAUUACCGGUGGAAGUGCAUAUGCCCGAGCUAUAAUUACUGUGGACCUGGAACAAAAUUCGACCGAUGGUGGAAGUGCUAUGCCCGGCUAUCAUUACUGUGGAUCUGGAACAAAAUUGAAAAAACGUCUAUAUACAGUACUGUGUAUUUGCUCGCCUCUCAAUAGUCCGGAUUUUUCGUAAUCCGGACCGGACGUCCGCCACAUUAGUCCGGAUGAGCGAGAGUCUACUGUACAAAGUUUUUUUUUUCAAAUGUAAAGGUAGGGUUGUGACCCAUUAUUUCAAACUAG